GGGCCCCCCGAAGGGCUGGGGGAGGGGGCGGCGCCGCCGAACAAUGAGGGGGCGUGCCGGCGGGGGGCCAGCGGAGGCGCCGGCGGGAGUCUGGGGGCCGGCGGGGGGCGGGGUGGCUGCCGCGUCUGGGACCCGGAGCCGGCAGCGUGGGGAGGGGGCGCGCCAGCAGGAGGGGAGGGACUGAGAGCUCUGAGCCGGCGCCCCAACUCUAGCUCUGGGCGGGGGUGGGAGCCGUGUGUGGGACCCUGGCAUCCGGUCCCCCGGCCUCCUCCGCCCUCCCCGGGGACCCCGCGGCCUCCCGCCCGCCCACAGCCUUUCCCGGCCCUGCCCCUCGCCCUGCGGCCGCCCGAGUUCCCAGGAUCCCCGAGCCCCGCCGGGCGGACCGGACUUGUCGCUUAGCUUCCACGAGACCCCCUCGGCAUCUCUCCCUCCCCUUUGUCUCCACCUUUCCAUCCUUUCCUCCCCACCCCACCACCCCUGCUCUCGCUUGGCUUCUGUCUCUCCCGUCAGUCACUCCCAGGCCCCCCAUCUACUUGUUAGGGUUCAGACCCCCACUUUGUUUCUUAGGAUACAGACCCCCCCACACACUCUGCUCCUCGGGGUUUAGACUCCCCACUCCUUAGAGUUCAGGACGCCCCCACACAUACUUAUUAUAGACUCCAGCCAGGGGGAGUGUAGGGGGGUCCUGAUACGGAGGGGGGGGUGUUUCUCCAGAGCGCAGCUUAGCCACCCAGCCAUGCCCGAGGGAGCCCGCGGGCUGAGCCUGUUCAGACCCAGCCCCAGCCUUGGACGUGGCCGCCGAGGUGAAGUGUUUGACUGUGCAGCAGCCGCCUGUGAGACUCGGACAGAUCUCCCAGGCUGACACAUGGAGGUGAAUUAGAGGCCCGAAGCCCAGAGAAGACCCUGAUGGGAGAGGACAGAACUGGACCAACACAGCACAUAGUCCUUGCAGCUCCUACCAUGGCCUCCCCCCGAGGUUCAGGGAGCUCUACGUCUCUGAGUACAGUUGGCUCUGAGGGGGACCCAGCCCCAGGGCCCACCCCAGCUUGCUCAGCCUCCAGGCCGGAGCCUCUCCCAGGGCCCCCUAUUCGCCUGCACCUCUCACCCAUGGAGACCCAGGGGUCCUCGGCAAAACCUUCAAGGCUGGAGCGAGUGGCCCGUGAGAUCGUGGAGACAGAAAGGGCCUAUGUUCGGGACCUCCGCAGCAUCGUAGAGGACUACCUGGGCCCACUGCUGAAUGAUAGGACCCUGGGGCUGAGCGUGGAGCAGAUGGGCACGUUGUUCGCCAACGUUGAGGACAUCUACGAGUUCAGCAGUGAGCUCCUGGAGGACCUGGAGGGCAGCAGCAGCGCCGGGGGCAUCGCCGAGUGCUUCGUGCAGAGGAGUGAGGAUUUUGACAUCUACACGCUGUACUGCAUGAACUACCCGAGCUCCCUGGCCCUGCUCCGGGAGCUGUCACUGACUCCACCCACAGCCCUGUGGCUCCAGAAGCGCCAAACUGAGCUCCAGCACUCACUGCCUCUGCAGAGCUUCCUGCUGAAACCUGUUCAGCGCAUCCUCAAGUACCAUCUGUUGCUGCAGGAGUUAGGCAAACACUGGACAGAGGGCCCGGACACGGGGGGCCGAGAGACGGUGGAGGAAGCUAUUGUGUCUAUGACGGCAGUCGCCUGGUACAUCAACGACAUGAAGCGCAAGCAGGAGCACGCAGCCCGCCUCCAGGAGGUGCAGCGUCGGCUAAGCGGUUGGACUGGACCGGAGCUCAGUGCUUUUGGGGAGCUGGUGCUGGAAGGUGCCUUCCGAGGUGGUGGAGGGGGUGGCCCCCGACUUCGAGGGGGUGAGCGACUUCUCUUUCUGUUCUCACGGAUGCUGCUCGUGGCCAAGCGCAGGGGUCCGGAAUACACCUACAAGGGCCACAUCUUCUGCUGCAACCUGAGUGUGAGCGAGAGCCCUCGAGACCCUCUGGGGUUCAAGGUGUCCGAUCUGACCAUUCCCAAGCACAGGCACCUGCUGCAGGCCAAGAAUCAAGAAGAGAAGAGGCUGUGGAUUCACCGUCUCCAGCGCCUCUACUUUGAGAAUCAUCCUGCCUCCAUCCCUGCCAAGGCCAAACAAGUUCUCCUGGAAAACAGCCUGCACUGCGCUCCUAAAAGUAAGCCCAUCCAAGAGCCCCUGACACCCCCACUUGGGUCUCCUCGACCUCGAGAUGCUAGAAAUUUUACCCCUGGACGAAGGAACACAGCUCCAUCUCCAGGACUCUCCACUAGCCGCCGUGGUCGCAGACAGUCUGAGCCAGUGAAGGAUCCUUUUGUCAUGUUCCCGCACAACGCCAAGCCUAGACUUCAGCAUGCUGGCAGUGAAGGGGAGCUCUACCCCCCCAUGGAGCCUCCGCCACCAGUUCCAGCUUCCAGCCCCACUGAGGAUCUGGAGGACACUGGACCUCCUACUCUGGAGCCCUCUGGAACCUCAAUCACUGAAGAAAUUCUGGAGCUGCUGAACCAAAGAGGCCUCCACGAUCCAGGGCCGCCCCCCCACGCCAUUUCCACAUUCUCUGGGGAGGCCCAGGUAGCAGAGGACAGUGCCAGCCUCACAUACCCAGCUCUGCCCAGCCGGGACUCUUCAGAAGAAGAAGAAGAGGAAGAGCUAGAGAUGGAUGAACGGGGGCCUUCCCCGCUCCAUGUCCUCGAAGGCUUGGAAAGUUCUGGUGCCUCUGAAAUUCCCGACAUUCACUGCCUUACCAAAAUUCCUGAUGUGCCCAACCUCUCCGAAAUUCCUGGCCUUUCUGAAAUUCCCCAGCUCCCUCACCUCCCCAGUUUGUCAGACAUUCCCAGUGUGUUUGAGAUGCCCUGCCUCCCAGCUGUGCCUAGUGUGGUGCCCGAUGGUCCCAGCCUUCCCAGCCCACCCCAAGACCCCUGGCUUCAGGGACCCCUGAAGGAGGCAGCAGAGGCCCUCGGCACCAGGAGGGAACUGUUCCCUGGGAGCAGUUCUGGGAAACUAGGCGAGCCCUUGUCAGGCAGCCGGGAAGGGCAGGAGGGUGAUGAAGAAAGGGGACUGCUCCCAGAUUUCCAGCCUCAGGAUGCCCCCCAUGAUCAGGGCUUCCCAGAAGAGCUGGAGUUCCGCUCUUGCUCGGAAAUCCGCAGUGCCUGGCAGGCCCUGGAGCAGGGGCAGCUGGCCCGGCCAGGUUUCCCAGAGCCACUGCUGAUCUUAGAAGAUUCAGAUUUGGGCGGGGGCGGCAGUGGGAGCAGGAAGGCAGGAGCCCCCAAUUCAGAGAGGGCAGCGUCCCGGGUGCGAGAGCUAGCCCGCCUAUACAGUGAGCGGAUCCAGCAGAUGCAGCGGGCGGAGACCCGGGCUUCAGCCAACGCCCCCCGCCGCCGGCCUCGGGCUUUGGCCCAGCCCCAGCUGGUCCCCAGCCUGACCCCUGAGGAAGCCGAGCCAGGGCCCCAGCCUGCCUUUGGACACGUGCUGGUGUGCGAGCUGGUUCUCCCGCUUACCUGUACCCAGGAGUCUGUCCCUCUAAGCCCUGCUGCCCAGGUUCAAGCUGCUACACCUUUGUCUAAGCAGAGAGGCUGCUGCCUGGAUGGCCAGGGCUUAAAUAUCUCUGAUGUGCCUGAGCAAGACGGUCUGGACAGUCAGACGCCAGCUGCUAUCCCUCCACCUGAACAGGGAGGACCUCAGAACAUCCGGUUCCCAGCUGCUGCCACACCUUUGCCCAUUCUAGAAGGCUCCCCAGACACCGCAGUGCCGGCUCUCACAGCUUUGCCUGGUGAGGAAGACCACAUGCAAGUCCAGCUUCAGGCUAAGACGACUCUGCCUGAAUGCAGAAACCGCACAGAGAGAGAAGGGCUAUCCACCACCACCUUUCCUGAGCAAAGAUGCCACAUGGACCUCCAAGUCCCAACCGCCCCCGUUUUGCCGGAGCCUGUGAACGUUGUGGUUUUAGCCACUGCUCCUGCAGCUGAGCAUGACAGCCAGAGUCCCCCCAACACCACAUUGGUGAAUGAUAACUUUUCACCCACUUCCUGCAGCCAUACUAUCAGCCCCUCGCCCAUUCAAAAUAACAGCCCGGACCCUCAGGCCUCAUCUAGCCCGCAGCCCUUGCAACCUGCCUUCCUGGAACCUUCACCACCACCUGCACAAGGAGGACAGCUAGACUAUCAGAUCCUGGCCAGUGAGCCACUGUGUUUGCCCCAAACCCUCCCAGACCUUCAGGUCUUAGCUGCCACACCUUUGCCUCCGCCACUGCAGUGCCUCACAGAUAUCAGCAGCCAAGCCCUCCCCCCUCUACCCGGGGAGAGAGGUGUCCCAGACAGCCGGUGUCCACCUGCUAUACCUCUGCUUCAAGAGCAGAGCAGAACGGACAUCCAGACCCCAAGCUCCCCUCCUCUGUUGGAGCAAAAGAGCCUUACAGCCUCCACGGCCCCCCCUGAGCAGAGAGAUUCCCUGGACAUUCAGGGCCACUUCCCCACCCCCUCAUUUGCACCCAGGGUUUUGUCCAAACCAGGGAGCCCCUCGCUCUCUCAAGCCGCCAGGUCAGAGUGUUCAGACUUGACUCCCCCUCAGAGUCCCCCACUCCCCACCCGCCAGCUUUUAGGCCCCAGUGCAGCUGCCCUCUCAAGAUACCUAGCAGCUUCUUACAUCAGCCAGAGUCUGGCCAGGAGGCAGGGACCUGGAGGAGAGGCCCCACCAGCAUCCCGGGGUCCCUGGCCCUCCUCUGCCCCCACAUCCCGUGCCCCCUCGCCCCCUCCCCAGCCCCAGCCCCCUCCGCCCCCAGCCAGGAGGCUCAGCUAUGCCACCACAGUCAACAUCCACGUGGGGGGUGGGGGUCGCCUGCGGCCUGCCAAGGCCCAGGUCAGGCUGAACCACCCUGCACUCUUAGCCCCCACCCAGGAAUCAGUAGGCCUCCGCCGGGCCCAGGGGACACCUGAUGCCCCACUCCACAUGUGAGCCUGGAUUUCCAGGUGCCUUCCAAAAGCAAGGGCUUCAGCCAGGAGCCAUGGGCUAAAAGUCACUGCUGGCCAGCUCCUGUGAUCGAUCUGCUUUGGCAAAUGGCCCUUGUUAUUUACCUGUUAUUCAACAGGGGUGGGGGAGAGGGUGUAAUUAAUAUUUUGUUAUGACAAUA